AUGCAGGAGUACUGUCCUUCUGUGAAAAACAUUCUUCUUCUGGAUUCGGAAGGGAAGCGUAUAGCUGUCAAGUACUAUUCUGAUGACUGGGCGACGAAUACUGCAAAAGAAACUUUUGAGAAAUCUGUAUUUACAAAGACUCAAAAGACAAAUGCUCGGACAGAAGCGGAGAUCACAAUGCUUGAGAGUAACAUUGUUGUGUACAAGUUCAUUCAAGACCUUCACUUCUUUGUUACCGGGGGUGAAGAGGAGAAUGAACUAAUCUUGGCCAACGUUCUUCAGGCUUUCUUUGAUGCUGUUGGUCUCCUCCUGAGGGGCAAUGUUGACAAAAAGGAGGCACUUGAAAAUCUGGAUCUCAUUCUUUUAUGCAUUGACGAAAUUGUUGAUGGCGGAAUUAUUCUUGAAACUGAUGCAAAUGUGAUUGCCGGAAAGGUUGCAAGCCACAGCAUGGAUGCUGGAGCACCUUUAUCUGAGCAGACAAUUAGUCAAGCAUUGGCCACUGCACGCGAACAUUUCACAAAAUCCCUGCUGAGGUGA